AAUUGUCUGAAGCCAAUGAUUGGGCGCAAUAAUGGGGGUAGAGAAGAUCCUUCAAAGGGCAACAAAUCCUCCGGCCAGUCUCGCUCCAACGACGAUCAGCAAAUGCAAAUGUCGAUGGCGGAGCUGCGCAGGCGCUUGGACAACGAGAACGUGGCCAAUGCGCAGGUCGAUGAGCAGCUUCAGGACGAUUUCCAGCGCUGGAAGGACAUUUUAAUGGUGCGCUGGGUCAUGUACGAGGAGCAGCGGAAGUACAACAUGCGCUGCGGGGUCAAGGCCAAGAGCGACGCCACCAUCUGGCGCAUACUGUCGAUGGUGCAGCAGGAGCUGGAGCAGAAGCUGCAAAUGGAGAAAUUACUGGGCUCCUGCAGGCGCUUUCCCUCGCCCAUGGCCCUCAUGGAUGACGAACGUUCGGUGGGUGACAAUCUGCAGGUGCUCGAGCCGGUGCGGGAUGUACUAAGUGGCAGGGGAGGCAGCAUUAUGUGGGAGGAGCAGCCAACGGAGCAGCCAUGUAAACCAGAGGAAUCAUGGGACAUGCAGGGUGAAUGUACGUGCACGGCAUGUGCUUCAUGCAGAAGGGGGAAAAAUCCCCACCAAAAGGUUAAGAAUGAAUCCAAAGCCAAUCCGUGUUCGUGUCCGUCUAAGGAGCCAAAUCAGAAGCUCGGCUUUGUGAAGCAAGAGAACCCCUCUAUGAAUGAACAGUCCCAGCCAAUGUCCUUUUUUGUGGAGCAAAUGAAGAGCCAACCGAGGCACUCGCAGCUUAGCAAUGACUGCACCUGCCUGAGUGUCGCAAUCGGGGAAGGAACGAGGAGACAGCCGGAGUCGCCAAAGUCACCGUCAAGGUCCACGUUUAGUGCCAGUUUUGGGUGCCAGUUCCAGGGUGAUCCUGAGCAACAUUUAGGCCACAGGAGAGCCGAGUGUCUGCCCAACUUUCUGAAGAAGUUCAAUAAGAUAACGAAGCUCAAUCAGUCGGGCAUGCUGGUGCCGGCCAGUGCCUUGCUGGAGCUGGCCGGGGAGCUGCCACAGAAUGUGGGCCGAGCAGCCACCUGGACCUGCCACAAGCUCCCAGCGCAGCAGCUGCAUAACGUUGGGAAGGUGCCGCAAAAAAGCCACGAAACGGUGAAGUGCAUGCCACAACGUCCACAACGACGCAUUAGCGAGGACCCAAACGAUCCCCUGCUGGUCUAUGUGAAUGAAAAAUUCGAUGAGGAUGCACAGUCCGGGCUGGGCAACUCCGGUUUGACCUCCUAUUACAGCGCCACUGAGUUGCAGCCCAAGCAGGAGGAGCCCGAGCCAGAGCCAGAGCCUGAAACCCAGCUGGGAUAUUGUCCGCUGUGCGAUAAGCGGCACCUGCGUAUGCCACCGCCCUUUUGAGUGGUUUCUCGACCCCCAACCAACAGCGGCUUCACCGUGAAAAUAAAGCAAAAAGGUCUAGCCGAAAAA